AUGUGCCAAGAUCCGAGCAUGCCAUUACAUUCUUAAACGAAAAAGUUUAGAAAAUGGCUUCAGCUAAUCCAGAUAUUUUAUAUAAAUUUGUGUCUAUGAGAACGAAAUGGACACGCUGUUUUGAAGAGGAUAAGCCUGAUAUAGCAAAGACUGUUAGACACUUCUUUGGCCGACAGUUUUACAGAAAGCACAAGCAUUCUACCUAUGUGAUCGGCGAACUGCCCGAUGGAAUAUUCUUGUUCGUAAAACCUACCAUGUACCAAAACCUUAAGAAGAAAAUUGAAGAGCUAAUUGAAGAGACGUUGCCUGACGUUCGGCCGACAACUGGUGCCACUGUUAUAGAGGAAGAAAAAUGGUUUCCAGAUAAGCAGUCUUUUACUGAGUUUCUCGAUGCUAACAGAGAAGAACAUUAUAAAAGUGCGGAAAGGUAAAGUAAUAUUAACGGCUAUUGAAGACUUAUAGCGGGCCAUAUGGCGACGGCGGCGAUCACACAAACAUAAACAAAACCAUAUAACUAGAUUUAAAGACAAAACCAUGCCACGUUGGUUAUCGACAGCAAGUUUUCAGUUUUCUAAACGGUUUGUUGAUCAUAGAAAUGACGCACGGCAAAGUUAUGAGCAUUUGUUAUGUUGUGUAAUUUCUAUUAUCGUUAAAAGAGUAGACAAAGAAAAAUAUAGUCGAUUCGUCUGGUACUUUUUUUCCUAUAACAAUACUGGAGUUUCUCGGAAACUGGGUCUCGGAAGCUGCUCCCCGUCGAGUUUCUCGGAAAAGUGAUUUUCCUCUCGUGUGACAUGGCGUGUGAAAUGGCGCCUUCAUUGAACUAUUUUUGAACAGAUUGUUAUGAUACUCAGUUCAGAGUUUUUUUUACCCAUUGUAUUUGUUACAGCCGGCAAAUACUGGCGCGUCCGCUUAUAAUGCAGAAAUUAUGGCUUUUUUAAUCAUGAAAUUUAUACAUGGCUGGGAAGCUGUGGGGAAUAAAUUAAACAAGAGAAAUGAAUUAUUGAGAACUGAAUCUCAAUGUGAUUUCUUUUGUUUUAUUCCUUCAGCCUGGGUCAAAAAUUCGAAACUGGCCAAUACAAAAAUGACCUCUUCAGCUUAUCUGUUUUGUUUUGCCAAUGCAGGUCUCAAAAAAAUGAGUUUGUUUGUUUCAAGAGCCAAACACGAGCCUCAUCCAUUUUUGACUAGCCUGAAUUUCAGACAUUCCUUCGAGUCAUAUACUCCUCUCAGCGACGUAAACCGAAAACCGGGUAGUGAUUUUGAUUGGUUGAUUGCUGAAUGGAGUAUUCGACUUGAGGGAAUGUCUGAAAAUUAGGCUACAUUUUUGAGUUUCAUGGUCACAAAAAAGCAAUGAAUAGUUUGAAGAAAUAAUUUGUUACGCGCUCAGGCGUGACUUCGUGUCGAAGGAAAAGAAAGUUUUCUUUUUCACAGCCAUAAACUGCGCCUGUUUGCUCUUUUAGGUCCUUUCAGAGGUCGCAAUGACAAAUUUCCCAACCCUUUUAAAUUUUUCAACUAAUGAAAUCCGUACCCUCUUAUACUGACCCGAAUCCUGAAAAAGAUAGCCCUUUCGGGCGGAGCCUCCCAGUUUAGGUCAUUAUAGGGAGUACCCUAUUCCAUGGGCGUCGAACCCAAUAAUGCGCGGAAUACAUCGAGUAUUUUGACAGAUAUAUUUUGCCUUUAGGGCUUUACAGUACCAAGUAAAUUAAAAUCAACGUAACAUUUUAUUAUCCUUCUCAGGAGACAGCAGGAAGCAAAUACCAGCUUAAGACGACUACGCAAGACCUUGAAAGCCAGUCCAGGAGCGAAGAUUCUGGCAUUUAACCUGGUGGUUUUUGAAGGUGACCACAAUGUCGUCCUUGAGAUUGGCUACACUAGGACAACUCUAGGAGACAAGACAAAUCAAAAGCGAGCGUUUCACUACAUUAUCAAAGAAAACCUCAGGUAUAUGUGCGAGUUUUAAACCGAAAAAUGCAUUUAAUUAUUUAUAUCACAAACGGCGACACUUCAGCAGUUAAAUUAAAUGUUAUUUAUCACAACUUCCCUCUUGACUGGUUGUAGAAACUAAUUUGCGGUUCCGGUUACUUGAAUCCUAGCUGGAAGGCCUCAACAAGCAGCUUGAGUAAGAUUACGUCGUAGUGUCCAUAAGAUUACGUCGUAGUAUCCGACGAAAUACUGAUUUCAAUUGUGAGACUUGAUUAAAAAUCCUAGCUAUUAAGCAGCGAACAAGAAGGCAGCGUGGCCGAGUGGUUAGAGUGCUGGACUAUUAUUCCAGAAGCCCCAAAUUCAAGUCCUGCCCUGACCGCUGGCUUGAUUUGUUCUCGGUAGUCCCGACCUCAAAUCUCCGACCACGCUUGUAGAAUAGCCAACUGGUUCAUCAUCAUCAUCAUUGUCAUCAUCAUCAUCAUCAUCAUCAUCAUUAUUAUUAUUAUUAUUAUUAUUAUUAUUAUUAUUAUUAUUAUUAUUAUUAUUAUAUUUUUGUAUUUUAAAGUCACUUAGGCAAAAGAGUUGAGACCCUUACUGUUAAUUACCACUAAUUUGUUUACGGUGAAUGUUUCCGUGAAAAUAUAGUGAUCAGUGUGGAGCUGAAGAACUCUGCAGUACUCCCGCAAAUACCACCGCCUAAUUUUAAAUAGGCGGUGAGAUUCAUUAACUUGAAUGUCUCUUUCUCUGACAGGUACGAAAACAAGAAUAGGAAUCGCUUCGAGUUUGGCAUCUCUGAGCGCAUGUCUCUCAAGGAAGCCGCUGCAAAAGUCCAGGAACAGGUCGCGGCUGUAGACAUCUUAGUUACAUAUGGCGGAGCACAGGAUGCAGAAUUGCUUGAUUGCUGUGGGAUUUCAGUGACAGAGAAGAUUAUGUUUGACACGCAACUUCUAGCCGUGGUUUUAAUACAAGGUCGACGACAGCACUUCCGUAAUCUAAAGCAAUUGCUGGUCGAGUUGGAAAUCCCAUUUGAUGAAAAUGUUCGCCUUUACAACAGCGGAAAUUAUGCCUACUUAAACACGGCUGUAUUUCUGAAACUGAAAGACAUCGCAAUCUCGCCAAAGUAGCUCACCCAUUUGUAUCUUCAAAUCGAUUCUGAACAAUUCUAUGAGUAAAGGAAACAUUUUGUUUUCGUAUUGUAGGUGGUUUUGAAUCCCUUUCAUUUUCUUUAAACUUUUUAGGGGUCUUUAAUUCAGAGAGUUGCAUCACUAUUACUCAGAUUGUAUGAAAGAUUAUUUCUUUUUGAGUCAAAAUAAUUUUUCAUGUGUUAUUGUUGCUAUGGUAACCUGGUACGCCAAGAAAAGCAUAGAGAUUGUUUCCAGCAUCCCAGAAACUGAACAAAAUACGUCCUAGUAUUACCUGUCACCCAAAAACUGCAGGGUAAAAAUACUAUUGAGAGCCGUUAAGGAUCACGUUCACGUUAUCAACUUUGAGCGGCUAAACAAGACUGAACUGCAGUUGUGACAUGAAGAAAUUUUGCAGUGGUACGCCACUGUUUUCCAGAUUUAUCCUAUCCCUUCUUCUGCGGGUGUGACACGAAUAAAAUUUGCGUUUAGG